AUGGAAGUCGGAAAAGUUGGAAGAGAUGUAAGGAUUAUGGUUCAUCCAGAUAAACAGAAUAAAUUUGAAAAGUAUAUGGCGAAUCUUGGACUAAAACCAUUUUUAUUCAUAGAUGAUGUACAAAGUUUAAUAGACGAUCAGUUAAAAAAGCCGUCAAGAGCAUCUCGACGCUCCGCCAAAUAUGAUUGGACAUAUUAUCAAAAUUUUGAAGAGAUUUAUGACUGGAUGAAUGAAACCGCCGCGGAGUAUCCCGAUAUUGUGUCAUUAGUAGACAUCGGAAGAAGUGUUGAAAAUCGACCCAUUAUAGGAAUGAAAAUUGAUUAUAAAAAGAAAGAAAAUCCAAUUAUUGGGGUAUUUGAAGGAACCCUACACGCUAGGGAAUGGAUAACACCCGUUACUCUUACUUGGAUUGUAAAAGAGUUUCUUACUAGCCGAGACGAAAAGAUACGAUUUUUAGCUGAAAAUAUUGUUUGGCACGUUUUCCCUAUUGUUAAUCCAGAUGGUUUCAUAUAUACAUUUAACGGUAAUAGAAUGUGGAGAAAAAACCGAAGCCGAGCUAAUUUCACAUCCUGCGGUGUAAAUACAGAUGAUGACAUGAGCAACGGUGUUGAUCUUAAUAGAAACUUCGGUUAUCUAUGGAUGGAGAUCGGAGCAUCACAAAAUCCAUGUUCUAAUACUUUUGCUGGACCAAGGGCAUUUUCCGAACCAGAAAGUAGUGCCUUAGCAAAUCAUGUAUUAAGAUUGAAAGAGGAGGGCAACGUUAUGUAUUACUUCGGAAUGCAUUCUUAUUCUCAAUUAAUCUUGGUCCCGUACAGUCAUGUUGGAGGGGCUGACGUCCUUGAAGUGUCCAAUUAUGGAGACCUGGUAGAUCCAGCUUCUGGAACCGGUUUUGACUGGGCGAAGGGAGGUGCUGGUAUACCACUGGUGUUUCUGUACGAACUUAGAGAUGAGGGGCAGUAUGGUUUUCUUUUACCACCGGAACAAAUAAUUCCGAACAGCGAAGAAGUUCUGGAUUCCCUCAUCGAGAUUGAUAGGGUAGCUAGACAAAUAGGAUAUUACUCUAAUGUGGAGCGGUAUCAGUUGGACUUCUUGCAGAAUUUAGAGAAACAACAAUACCUAAAUGUGAUUUUCUGGACUAGACCAUUUAGGAUGUUUAAAGACAUCCAAAUUUUAGUUCCACGGGAACAUUUGAAUGUUUUUAAAGAGAGGCUACUCCAUUUCCACUUGAAUGCAACAAUAACAACAAACAAUAUAGAAAAGUUAUUUCAACAGCAAAAGUUUAAGAGUUAUACACGAAUGAAAUUUGAAUCAUUUUCUUGGAAUUCCUUUUAUGAUCUAGAAAGUGUUUACCAAUGGAUGACAGAUAUUGCUACAAAGAAUAGUGAUAGGGUGAAAUUAAAGGCGAUCGGCAAAUCAGCAGAAGGUAGAGAGAUACUAACCCUUGAGAUAGUAACAGAAAAUCCAAAAGGAAAAGUAAUAGUGGAAGGUGCUAUACACGGAAAUGAAUGGCUUACAACUCAAUUUGUUACAUAUCUUGCAUUCUUUCUGAUAUAUCCCGACAAAUCUUCGAAUUGGCGUUUAAGACAAGUGGCAAAAAAAUAUACGUGGUUCCUCAUUCCGGUUGUCAACCCGGAUGGAUAUGAUUAUAGCAUGAAAGUGAUUUAUAAAAUGGAAUUGAUUUACAUCGUCUGUUUGGUUUCCUUGUACAUAAAUCCAUGCACAUCUAAAAGCUACAAAAACUACACAUUGUUUAGAGGUGUGCCGGUGACAGAUCAACACUUAGAAUUCUUCAAGAAUCUAAGUGAAGUUUACAAAGCCACAUUCUGGAGGUCACCAGGUUUAGUCCAUAGGCCAGUAGAAUUCAUUAUUGGUCCAGAUAAAAAGAAAAAAUUUUUGAGAGAUGCAAUUUUAAACGGCAUUUAUUACACAACGGUGAUAGAAGAUGUGCAAAGGGCCUUUGAUUCUCAAACUGUAAAGACAUACGUGCGUCGGAAUAUGGAAUCCUUUGACUGGACUAGCUAUUUUAGAUUGGAUGAUAUCUAUGACUGGCUUCACGAUCUAAGCGUUAUGUACCCAAAAGUGAUGCAUCUACAAAACUUGGGGAAAAGUGUUGAAAAGAGAGAUAUUCUAAUGGCUAAAAUAUCAAUUCCCGUCCGUAAAAAAAGUUCGAGACCUAAAAUUAUAGUUGAAGGAGGUAUCCACUCUCGAGAAUGGGUAUCAAUAGCCUUUGUUACAUAUCUUCUCCACCAAGUUCUAACUACAGUUGAUAAAAAGGAAUCCAAGUUAAAAUCGAUUGCCGAGGAAUAUGAAUGGUAUUUUGUACCAGUUCUUAAUCCAGAUGGCUACGAAUAUAGUCACACGAAGCAAGAAAAGGGUUUGAAAGCUGCAAAGAGAAUUGCCAAAAAAUAUGGCACUCAAUAUACAGUAGGGACAGCAUAUGAUACAGUGAUGAAUCCACAAGAUAAUGACCAACUAGAGUUCUUGAAGCAAUUACAAAAUUCUGAAGGAUUAGAUUUCUGGUCACAACCAACGAGAGUUGGAGAUCAUAUCAAUGUUAUUGCUGCACCACAAAGGAAAGAUGAAUUCGAGCAUUCCUUAAAAAAAAGAAAUAUAUACCAUGAUGUGCUUUUAAAUAAUUUACAAGAAGUCAUCGAUAGUCAAGUUUUUAGUAGAAAAAAGCGUUCCACACGAGAUUUGACAUGGACUAAUUACCAAAACAUAGAUGAUAUUUACGAUUGGUUUGAAGAGCUAGCAAAUAAUUAUUCAUUUGUGUCACUCAUUCAUGCAGGACAAUCCUAUGAAGGUAGAAACAUAACAGGAGUAAGAAUAAAUCGUGGUUCUCGGAGAGCCAUUUUUGUUGAAGGUGGUCAAAUUGGAGCUGAUUGGUUGUCGCCAGUUGUUAUUACUUAUUUAGUAAAUCAAUUAGUUCGAGGUGUAGACAGUGAAGCGCGAGAUGCUAGUUCUGAUUUUGAUUGGCAUAUUUUUCCAAUUCUUAACCCAGAUGGACACAUAUACACACAGGAAAGGGAUAGGUUCUGGAUUAAAAAUCGUAGAAUCAACAGAAAUGGAACAAUUGGAGUUGACUUAAGUAGAAACUGGAAUUCUCAUUGGGGAGUAAGUGGUGGCAGUUUUAAUGCCUCUCAAAGUACCUACGUGGGUCUAGGACCUUUCUCAGAAAAAGAAUCAAGAGCGAUUUCAUACUACAUUGACUCCAUUGCACCCCGACUUGAAUUCGUGCUUUCAAUGAGAAGCUUCGGACAAAGGCUACUUUUACCAUUUGCGCAUUCCACUGAACCUAUGUUCAAUUACAAUGAAACGAUCAUUGUAGGAAGGAGAGCUAUGGGAUCUAUGGCAGUUAAAUAUAAUACCCAAUACAUUGUUGGUACUUCAAAGGAAGUUCAUGAUGGUUCAACUGGUUCUCUGACAGAUUGGGUAAAACAUCGUUACUCUGUGCCUUUUGCUGCCACUUAUCUUCUCAGAGACAAUGGAACUUUUGGUUAUGCCUUACCUGUCAGUCAAGUGCUGCCAUCUUGCGAAGAGACAUAUGAUUCGAUUAUGGCUAUUCUUCGUGAAGCAAAGUUUAUCCGUUUGAUAUAA